UAAUAUAAAUUUAUUGCAGCCACACUACUGAGACGACUCACUGGGACCAUCCUGCGUUGAGUGAAUUAUUUGGUAGUAUGGCAGAUUUUAAUGACGUCCGAUUCUCAGCAUACAGAACUGCCAUGAAACUCAGGAGACUGCAGAAAGCACUUUGUUUGGAUUUACUGAAUAUGAAUAGUGCAAAUGAUGCGUUUGAUCACCAUGGAUUGCGAGAUGAAAAUGAUAAAUUAAUGGAUGUGAUGGAGAUAAUUAAUGUGUUGACGAGUAUUUAUGAUAACGUAGCAGUUGACAAUCCACAGUUAGUCAAUGUACCAUUGUGUGUAGAUAUGUGUCUGAACUGGUUACUCAAUGUGUAUGAUGGUGUUCGAAGUGGUAAAAUACGUGCAUUGUCUUUCAAGAUUGCUAUAAUUGGACUUUGCAAAGCACACUUAGAAGACAAACAUAGAUAUCUUUUUCGACUAGUGGCUGGUGCUAAUGGUUAUGUAGAUCAAAGAGGGCUUGGUUUAUUACUUCAUGACAGUAUUCAGAUACCUAAACAACUUGGUGAAGUGGCCUCCUUUGGUGGUAGUAAUAUUGAACCCAGUGUUAGAAGCUGCUUUCAAAUGUCAACUGAUCAAUGUCUUCUUUCGUUUCAGAGCUGCUUCUUUUCAGGUCGUAAAGCUAAAAAUCACAGACUAUCUCAUCCCAUGCAAGAAUAUUGCACAGCUACCACCUCAGGUGAAGAUGUGAGAGAUUUUGCAAAGGUGGUACGUAAUCGGUUAAAAGGCAAGAAGAAAAAUAACAGAUUAGGUUAUUUACCAGUUCAAACAGUCUUAGAAGGAGAUGACUUGGAGACACCCGCACCAAGUCCACAGCAAGUUGUGUCUCAAGACAUGCAUACAAGACUUGAAUUAUAUGCAUCAAGGCUAGCGGAAGUGGAACAAACACAAACACAAUUUGAUGUAGCAUCAACCAAUCUUGAUGAUGAACACCAUCUUAUUGCCCAGUAUUGUCAGAGUCUUGGUGGCGAUGCUUCAGCCGUGCCAAGAAGUCCUGCACAGAUAGUAUGUGGAAUAGAUGCUGAACAACGUAACCAGUUAGAAACAUCUAUACAUGGAUUAGAAGAAGAAAACAGACAACUGCAAGAGGAAUAUGAGAAACUGAAAGCAUUGAGAAGACAACAGUUGGAGAACCAUGGUGAUUUGUUAUGUGAUGAGGAACCCUCUUCACCCAGUAAAGAUGCAGAAUUAAUAGCAGAAGCCAAAUUAUUAAGACAACAUAAAGGACGCCUUGAAGCAAGGAUGCAAAUACUUGAAGACCACAAUAGACAAUUAGAAGCACAGUUACAAAGGUUGAGACAAUUGUUAGAACAGCCCCAAGACAGAGCUAAUUUAUCCCAGGCUUCAUCACAAAGAACAACGCCAGCUGUGACUCCAACAUCAUCAAUUGGAUCAUUGCCUGCUAGUGCUGGUACAGGAACUCAUCCAUCACGAUCUCGUCUGACAACUUCCAAAAUGACAAACGGUGCAUCUACCAGUGAUGGUGAUGGUGAUAGUGACGUGGCAG